CUGAGUCAACGCGACGGUGGACGACAGUUUAUCGUAGCCUUUCGUUGUUGAACGACCACGACACCCAAUUCACCAUGACAGAACCCGAGCCGCCUUCCGUUGCCGCUCUUAGCGUCGCCGAAACCGCCACCGAACCCGUGUCGCAAGCCACGGAGCAGACCAUCGAUCCCUGGAAUGUCCAAGCUGGCGUAGACGCAGACGGCAAGGUCAAAGAGUUCGACUAUGCAGCUAUCUCGCAGCAGUGGGCGACCAAGCUUAUCGAUGAUGCCCUGCUGGAGCGCUUUGAGAAGGUUACCGGUCACAAGCCACACCGUUGGUUGCGACGCCGCCUGUUUUUCUCCCACCGUGACCUCGAUCUCAUUCUCGACACAUACGAGCGCGGCGAUGACUUCAUAUUGUACACUGGUCGCGGGCCAAGCAGUGAUGCCAUGCACAUUGGACACACGAUCCCGUUCGAGUUCACUAAGUGGCUGCAGGAUGUCUUCGAUGUGCCAUUAGUCAUCAUGUUGACAGACGACGAAAAGUAUCUCUUCAAGGAGAAGCUCAAGCAGCCCGAGGUGUACGAGUUCGCGCGUCAGAACGCCAAGGACAUCAUUUCGAUAGGCUUCGACGUCAAGAAGACCUUUAUGUACAUCGACUCUGAGUUCUUCACCUCUGGCUACAACAGACAUUUCAGUCUCAAUACCACUGAAUUCGAGAAGCUCAUCACAAACAACCAAGUCCGUGGUGCAUUUGGCUUUGACGGCUCUACAAAUAUUGGUAGCAAUGCUUUCGCCGCUAAACAAUGUGUCGCCGCCUUUGCUUCGUCGUACCCUUUCAUCUGGGGCCAAGACCACAAAACAUACCACCGCUCCAAACAACUUGCCGCCAUACCAUGCUUCAUUCCCUGUGCUAUCGAUCAAGAUCCGUACUUCCGUCUUCUCCGGGAAAACUGCGGCAGAAUGGACCAAUCAUCCCCGAAACCCGCACUUAUACAUUCCAAGUUCCUCACCGCGCUGCAAGGCGCAGGCGGAAAGAUGAGCGCAUCGGUUUCCACCUCCGCUAUCUUCAUGAGCGACUCGGAAAAGCAGGUCAAGAACAAGAUCAGCAAGAACGCAUUUUCAGGUGGCCAGGAGACAAUGGAGCUGCACAGAGAACUGGGUGGAAAUCCAGACAUUGACGUCCCUUACCAGUACAUAUCGUACUUUGAAGACGAUGACGAGAAACUCACACGUCUUGCAGCCGAAUACAGGUCGGGAGAGCUGUUGACAGGCGAGAUGAAGAAGGAAUGUAUCGAUCUGAUGACAAGCUAUGUCAAGAAAUUCCAAGACGCGCGAGCAAAGGUCACGGAUGAGAUAUUGGAGGAGUUCUUGCGGCCGAGAAAAUUGGAGUGGAAGGGAAAUCAGAAUCCGACAGUCAAGAAAGAGGAUAAGAAGGAGGGCGAGGGUGAUGCGGCGGGGUUGGACGCAGAUGGCAAGCCUAUGACCAAGAACGCGAUGAAGAAGGCGGCGAAGCUGGCAGAGGCCGAGAAGAAGAAAAAGGAGAAGGCUACGGCGGCGGCGGCAAAAGUGUAGGAUCGUAGAGGGACAUCGAGGAGGAGAUAUCGAGGUGAAGUAGACAUGAUACCAAAAAAGCAUACUCAAAUUUUGAUAUGGUUCUCCCGCCUAUAGUUGCAGACGAAUUCCCUUGUUUUCGUAUAAGAUACGGCAAUGUGAGCGAAUCUACUGGUUGUUUCGUAUUCAGAGAUUCUAAAAACCAUAAAUAUUAUAACAUAGAGACAAACCCGCAACUAAGGCUGAGAAGGUAAUAAAGGCUGAGUUACUGCUACGCUACGGAAGAUUACGUUAUGCACGGUUAACUUCUAGAGGGUG